UUGACUGUGGAGCAAGUCGAGAGGUUGACGAUGGUGUCGGUAGAUAACCUCGCUUCUAAACUGGUAUCGAUAAUUUCCACAGAAAAUAAUGUCGAUAGCUACAACGAAUGGCGACUGCUUGGUCAAGAACGAGAUGAAUCAUUUCUAUUUAGCUGGGUUCAAACGAACCCCGAUGAAAAUAAAUCCCAAACUUGCAUAGGAGAAUACAAUUAUGAAGAAAAUACCUUAACCCCACUUUACUCCUUUGAAAAGAAGGUCGAUUGUGUUCAAGCUUCCAUUAAUGCAGCACGGACGGUCUUAUUAUUUGUUUUAAAAGAAAAAUGCGAAGAAACUGAAGAGCUGAUAUAUAGAAGUUACUUGUACAAGAUAGAUGAUUUACUGGAAAAUACUUUUAUAAUAAAAAAAGGAUCAAAAAACCAAACGUUUGUCCAGUUUUUGAAUUUCAAUUCACCUGUGGAGACUCAAUCUCUGAAAUUUCUACUUCUUAUACAUCAAGAAGGUAUUUACCAGUACCAAAUUAGACCUUCGGAUGAUACCAUCAAAAAGGAAUCACUCACCAGCGAACUGCUAGUAAAGAAUUUUUUUUGGGCUCAAUGGGAUGCGUGUGAGCAAACUCUAUAUUAUAUCCACAACAAGCAUCGGAACAGAGGACUUGUUGCAGGAGAAGAAAUAACUGUGGAUGAUAAUACUAAAGUGAUUCCAACGCUUACAGGUUUACAAUUUCAUGAUGAUCAACCUCAUGAAUCUGUGCUGAACAUCCCACUUAAUCUACCUCAUUUAUCAACUUUUAAUUUAUCUGCAACGUAUGAAGAUGACGUAGUUCCAUUAAGGAUCCAUGAUUCUUCGCUAGAUUUAAUUGUAUUGACUAACCCUACAGGAUGUGUUUGUAUAUGCCAUAAUUAUUUAUAUCAGCCCAUACAACCAACGGUAAGCUUAGAAGAUGAUGACGAUACUACUCCAAUAAACUUCGCUUAUUCUGUGACAGCAUUGCACCAAAGUUGUGUCAUUCACUGUAUAAUUAAUGAUAUACCAUGGAACAAAGCAAAAACAAUUAGGCCGCUAUUCAAAUUAAGAGGUGACUCUCUCAUUGUGUUCAUUCCAGAAAUAUGUACUCAUGUACUAGACGUAGGACUACUACAUGAACCAGUGUGUCAUGUUACAAUAAAUCCCUUAAUAUCGGACAAAGAACCACACCUACUGUACUUGGCUCCGCUUAUAUCGGCCGAUGACUAUAUCAUAAAUUUGUCGAACUUAGAUAUAAUAGACGUGAGCGUUUUGGAAAACUUAAUGAUAGAAACUUUCAAAUCAGACACAAUUUUAGAGAACAAGUUAGCGAUUUUACAUUAUCUUUUGGUUCAUAUGGAAGAUGUUGAAACUGCAUCUGAGUUAAUAUGUUGGCAUUCAGCUACUCCGUUCACUAUAGAUUACCCCGAGCUUCUCAAAGAAUUUCUUCUGGCUACAUCUUAUGCAUCCGUACAAAAAAAUCUUCCCUCAAACGCCGCAAAACUAGCGACUUUACUUCCGAUUACAACUCUGCGUCUUGGAUUUGAUAUGGAACUUAAGAAUAAUGAUUACUUAAUCAACCUACGACAAGAAGUACUUUGGAAUGCCUCCAUGAUGGUAAUAUCGCCCCAACUGCGGAUUACUCCAUAUAAAAGCGAUCUAUGGGUAAAGCUAUGGGACCAUCUCGCCAAGUUAUCAAAAGCUGGAUUAAGAUUUAGAUCUAGUCAAGUAUUAGAUAAGCUGCGAAUUUCGUUGGACUGUUAUCAACCAGAGGCCCUCUCUAGAUGUUCUACGCCAUUGUCUCCAAGCGGAGGAGCAUCUUCUACGUUUGCGGAUUUUUUAAGUGGCACAAGAAAUCAAACAGAUUUUCUGCCUUUCUAUGAAAUGGAUAGUUGUACUGCCAGUAGACAGGAGCAUAUUAUCUCUGUGAACUUGAGGGAGUUAAGCAUGCAUUUGUUAAAACAAACUUCGGACACUACAAGAAAAUUUCAAAUGACCGAUCAAUCUGCCAUGCACGUUCACGCGGUUGCCACAAGAUACGUUGGAGCUCAAUUAGAACAAUCUAGACAACUUUGCCAAAUAGUAUGCAAAGCGGCAACAUAUGAUCCAGCGGAAGAUGUCGAUAAGGGAUUCAUUUUAAUAAACAAUUUAGAAGAAGACAGACGCUAUAUAUUUUUUAAAUUACUCGAGAAGUAUUACAUGGCUGUGGAAUCCUUAGCGUUUCCUCUUCCUCAAGGAUUUACUUCUUUUUUCACUUAUUUAGGAUAUAGGACAAUGGAGUUCGAGAUGUUUGAACAGUAUGUAGUAAAUCACGUUUGCGAACUGCAAGUAGAUGUAAUGAAAAUAAUACUGGCAGAAGAAGAUGAAAGUAAAGAAAAUACUGCUAAAAAACUAAAGUUACUUUCGCUAUUACCUAGACAAAGAGCUAAAAGACUGCUUAAUCAAUGGAACCAUCCUAUAGGCGUUGUUCUACGUGCAAGAGAACAUGCGUAUAAUAUACUUUCAGGGGUUACAGGAUUACCUACCAGAAGUAGAAAUCAAAAUUUGCCCAGUAUUAAAGGUUUAGGCUCAUUUUCUUCGAGUAAUAACAUGUCGCCGUUGGAUACAUUCCUUGAUUUACUUACGGCUAAGGCAAGCUUGACCGAUAUAGACUUUGGACUGUUAAUCGAAGCUACUGAAACUUAUAUUGAAGAUGUUUUAUAAAGUCAGUAUUAAAAUACUAAUUAGGUACUGUAAAUAAA